AUGAGGUCUUCUGCUUUUCAACCAUUACUAACCUUGCAGUCGCCCGGAUUCGCCGCAAUGUCGGCGACGAGCUUGGUUCAGACAGCGGAUCAGCAACAAGGAAUGUUAUCUUGGAAGCGGUUGCAUUUAGCUCGAGCGAAGCUCAAAGCUUCAAGCAGAACGUCAGCUUUACUCUCCGGAUUUGCAAUGGUUGCUAUGGUUGAAGUGAACUUGAGUGAAAAUAUUCCUCAGUUUCUUUUGGUGACUUUCGCAAUUUGCACCACAUUGUUAGUCGCCGUUCACAUGUUGGCGUUGAUGAUCAGUACCUGUAUUCUGCCCAACGUGGAAGCCGUGAGUUCCAUACCGUCUUUGGCUGCGGUGUCGGAGUCUCCGCAUUGGAGGAUGCAUUGGUACAUUGAAAUGGCUUGGGCGUUCUCGACGGUAUUGGUUCUUAGUUGGGUGAUUUUUUACGAUUACUCGUUUGCUGCUGCGUCGGCGGCCAGCCUCCUUUUGGUUCCAAUAGUAAUCGUCUUCCUCCUCUUCGCUGUUCAUUUUUAUCGGAAACUUGUUACGCACAAGUACGAGAUGACGGAGAGUAAUAUUCGCGAACUGGAAGAGAUGACCAAUCGGCUCGAGUCCGGAAAACCCAUGCCUCACGUGAGCCACGUCCCGGAAACGGCCAAUAAUUACGGCGGAAGUUCCGGGAGUUUGGACCGGCCAGACUCGGUCCGUUGCAUGUGA